AUGAGUAAUAAUUAUUCCGCUCUGGUAAAAACCGGGCAAGAACCAGAAGAUAAAGUUAACCCAUCUUUGAAAAUUUCCUCAAUAGGGACAGAAGUUAAAAAAAAUAGUAGUCAAAUGCCGGAUGGUUCGGCACUUUUAACCAAUACUGGAAACCAUUCGAGUCUUAAAAAUCGAGGAAUUAAUUACAUUAUUCAUGCCGUUCCUCGACCUAGAAGCAGUUGUGCCAGCGAUGAAGAGUUUAUUGAGAUAGCGGUCAAAGCGGCACAAAACUCAAUUAUUCUAGCCGACCGAGAAGGACAAGAAGCAAUUGAUGAACUAGCCAUUUGUCUGAUUGGAGGAGAAAUUUAUCGAGGCUCUUGUAGCUCAGAAAAAUUAGCCGAGGGGAUAAUUAGAGAAGACAAAGAGUUUAUCGGAACUAUAAAAAACGACAAAUCCAAAGGCAUAGAUGUCAGGGUAGGAGAUAUAACUGCAAUGAAAAAUAACACCAAGAAAAAAAUUGCCAUU